GUUUCAUGUGUUGUGUUUUCUCACUCUUUCUUUGUCUCUUGAGAUGCUCAUUUGGGCAAGCAAUGUUGGGAAAUGGAAUCCAAACUCAAAUCCCAUUUCAUCUUUCAUACCACUUCACUUAGCCAUUGCAUUGAAGUUCCAUGUGGCAAUGCUUCCAUGGUUAACAAUCUCAUGCUUUUUUUUUUUGGGUUAUCAAGAUGGACCAUGCAGUUGUUUUCAGGUUCUUUAAUAGAAACAGUCCUAGAUACCAAAGUAGGGAUGUGUAUGCAUGCAUAUAUAUUGUAAAAAUCACAACUUUAUUGUUGUAAAAUGUUAGAUUUUAAUAAAAAUUUACUAAAUUGGCAGUGUAAGUAUUCAGGAAUGAGAGAAUAUUUUGUGGGUAAAGAAAUUUGUUGAUCGAAGGGGGAAGAGGAAAAAAUUAGGGCAUCACACGUCGAUUGCUUUCCAUUUUAGCCGCUUCUGUGAUCUGUCACUUGGUGCUGACAUUUUCCUGCCUUGAGUUUAACCUCCAAAAGUCCAAACAAAGAAGAAGGAGAAAACGUUGGGUUAAGCGGUGAAAACAGAAAAGGUUCCUCCUUUUUGUCUCUGCGGAUCCCUAGGGUUGGAUUUUUUUUUCUUCCUUCUCUUCUCUGAUUUUAGGGUUUUGGGUCAGAGUUUAGGGGUGUUUUUCCAUUAGCGCAGGUGUUGAAUCUCGAGGUUUUGUGUUUUUUUGAGGCAGCGAGAUUCAGAUUUAGGAAAAUGGGUGAUUGGCAUCAGCUCGUUCAAUCGGUCGUCUUAGGCUUGAUCUUCUCUUACCUUUUAGCGAAGCUGAUCUCCGUCGUCGUCGCGUUUAAAGACGAUAACCUCUCCGUCACGCGCCACCGCCAAAACCCAUCGGAGAGGAAGCUGGAGGAUGACUCGCGCGGGGUCGAACCCCUCGCCGCCGCGGGCGGCGGCGGCGGAGGGGACGCUGAUUCGCUCGUGGCGGAGCAGGGGAGCGUGAGAGCUGACAGCGCCGGUGGCGACGACGAUGACGAGGACGACGACGACGACUGGGAAGGCGUGGAAAGUACGGAACUGGACGAGGCGUUUAGCGCAGCAACGGCGUUUGUGGCGACGGCCGCUUCAGACAGGCUGUCGCAGAAGGUGCCUAACGAUGUUCAGCUUCAGCUUUAUGGGUUGUACAAGAUCGCUACUGAAGGUCCCUGUACUUCUCCACAACCAUCAGCUCUCAAACUCACCGCUCGUGCCAAAUGGCAAGCAUGGCAAAAACUGGGUGCUAUGCCUCCUGAGGAGGCGAUGGAGAAGUAUAUCGAGAUUGUUACUCAGCUUUAUCCGAAUUGGGCCACCGGUGUCGCGAAGAGUAGAAGUCGUGGCGGCGGCGGUGGUGGUGAUGGUCCAAGCUCCGACACGGGAGGAUCAUCAAUGGGACCCGUUUUUAGCUCGUUGGUGUACGAGGAGGAAUCCGAAAAUGAGUUGAAGAUGGAUGCUAUCCAUUCAUUUGCUAGAGAAGGAGAAGUAGAGAAUCUGCUGAAAUGCAUUGAGAGCGGCAUUCCCGUAAAUGCAAGGGAUAGCGAAGGUCGGACACCAUUGCAUUGGGCUAUAGAUCGUGGUCACCUUAACGUUGCCGAGGCAUUGGUUGAUAAGAAUGCGGAUGUGAACGCAAAGGACAAUGAAGGGCAAACCCCUCUGCAUUAUGCUGUUAUGUGCGAGAGAGAAGCUAUAGCCGAGUUUCUGGUGAAGCGGAAAGCGGAUUCGACGAUCAAAGACGAAGACGGAAACACCCCUCUCGAUCUAUGCGAAACAGACUGGAACUGGAUGCAGGAAACUGCAGCAGAGCGUACAGGCUAAAACCUAACACAGCGUUUGGGUGAAUCUACUAGUUUCUGUAUAUGAAUUGAGUGACAGAUCUUUUUAUGGCAUCCUCUUCUUGUGUUCAUAUCCAUGUAAACACUUUGCUGUUCCAAGGUGUGUUUUACACAGAUCCUGUUCGAGCAAAU